AUGUCUUCGAGAGAUCCAAAAGAACCUUUUGAUUCAUUCUAUUAUUGGAAUAAUCAGCAAGAAUUUCCGCAAGUUCAUUCAACACAAUCCUGUCCAAAUAGAGAUCCUUUUGGAAAGGAUAAGAAGGAAGCAGAGCAAGUGGAAUUUUUUAAGUAUAAUCAAGCAAACACAUCACGUGACUAUUUGAAGAAUGACAAGGACAAAAAUCCAUCAGCACCGCUUUACAAGACACAAUGA